UUGCGUCGUCCUCCUCCUGGACAGCCGCUGGCCAAAGUGGAGAAGAGAAGUGCUGUUAUUUCCUCCUUGUGUGUGCCCGGACCUUGCCUCGCAUGCUGCCGCCUGAUGGGCGCUGCACACCCGGAGCCGGGCGCACGCUGACCUGCAGUCCGUCCCAUGCAGGUGCAUUGUGGUGACUGCAGAGCUGCGGUGCCUGUGAAUGAAGCUUCGAGGAGCCGCCGCUCAGAGGUAAAGAGCUGUCAGGAUGGCGGUCACACAGUUCCGCCUCUUUAAGAUCUGCACUUGCCUGGCUUCCAUCCUCGCCUUCUUCAAGAGGUUAAUAUGCAGGUCUGGACGUGGCAGAAAGUUAAGUGGUGACCAGAUAACGCUACCAACCACUGUAGACUUCUCCUCCGUUCCUAAGCAGGUGGAGGAGUGGAGUUCUUGGGAUGAUGAGGUCCCCACAAGUGUGAAGAUCGAAGGUGGAAAUGAGUCUUCUGAGGAAGAAGAACCUGAUUACUUCAAGGACAUGGCGCCGACCAUCAGGAAAACGCAGAAGAUAAUUGUUAAGAAAAGAGAGCCAAUCAAUUAUAGUAUCCCAGAUGGAAGCCUAGGAUUUUCAAGCAGACUGGCGGCGACGCAGGAUAUUUCUUUUGUUCAAUCAGCAGAAUUGGGCGACUUGGAAACAUGGCAAGAAAACUCAAAUGCUUGGGAGGAAGAUGCUGCUUGGCAGGCCGAGGAGGUUCUAAGGCAACAGAAAAUGGCCGACCGGGAGAAGCGAACGGCAGAGCAGCAAAGAAAGAAGAUGGAGAAAGAUGUGCAGCGGCAAAUGAAGAAGGAACAGAACAAAAUCGGAGUGAAAUUAUCCUAACGGGCCACAAAUCCCGAUGCAGCGGGCGCCGCUCAUCGGACAAACACUUAUCUCUCUCUUACAAUAUUUCCUUAUCGGUGGAUGGAAACGCUCGCCGCACACGGUCACUGGGAUUUACGGGAACUCACAGCCCCUUUAUUAACUUUUUAAGACUUUGGAUUACAGAACCAGAUGAUUUCUUUGCCUCCUCAGACUAGCGCAUGGAACUCGUACAAUUAAAAGAUUACAGAAAAAAAAAGGUGUAAAUAAUUAUUGGUGGAAAUCGACUGCUCAAUUAUGCUGUGUGACAAAUGUAAUUAUUAAUUAAAGAAUUUUAAAGAA